UCCAUUGAUACGCUGAGAUUCAAGCUUCAGCGUCGUUCGUCACCCCUUGCAGUCUCAUCUGACUUCAGAUCACGUCUCUCUCUCUCUCUCUCCGUUGCCGCCUGCGACCAUCGCCAUCUCAAUUCCUUCUCGAACCCGCUGGUUGCACCAGGUUUGGGAGCUCAAUUUCACUGCUGACCAUUAUGAAUUACCUGCUUGGAGCUUUUAAGCCAUCUUGCAACAUAUCAAUCACAUUUUCUGAUGGAAAAACACGCAAGCAGGUUCCAUUGAAGAAGGAAAAUGGUCAAACAGUUUUGGUUCCCCUUUUCCAAAGUCAAGAGAAUAUUACUGGGAAGAUAACUAUAGAUCCUCUACAAGGAAAGAAAGUUGAUCACAAUGGUGUUAAAAUUGAGCUUCUUGGUCAAAUCGAGAUGUAUUUUGAUAGAGGCAACUUUUAUGACUUUACUUCUCUUGUUCGUGAACUGGAUGUUCCAGGAGAAAUAUACGAAAGGAAAACAUACCCAUUCGAAUUUUCUACGGUUGAAAUGCCUUAUGAGACAUAUAAUGGGGUGAAUGUGAGGCUGAGGUAUGUUCUCAAAGUUACCAUCACUCGUGGUUAUGCUGGUAGCAUAGUGGAAUAUCAGGACUUUGUGGUUCGCAAUUAUUCUCCACUUCCAUCAAUCAAUAACGGUAUCAAGAUGGAAGUCGGAAUUGAAGAUUGCCUGCACAUCGAGUUUGAGUAUAACAAAAGCAAGUACCAUCUCAAAGAUGUUAUCAUUGGCAAGAUUUAUUUCCUGCUGGUGAGAAUUAAGAUAAAGAAUAUGGAUCUGGAGAUCAGGCGUCGAGAAUCAACAGGAUCUGGAGCUAACACUCAUGUCGAGACAGAGACACUGGCCAAGUAUGAGCUCAUGGAUGGAGCUCCAGUUAGAGGUGAAUCUAUUCCAGUUAGACUGUUUCUUAGCCCUUACGAGCUGACUCCUACGCAUCGUAACAUCAACAACAAGUUCAGUGUGAAGUAUUAUUUAAAUCUUGUUCUUGUUGAUGAAGAGGACAGGCGCUAUUUCAAACAGCAGGAGAUCACUAUAUAUAGGCUUCAUGAGACAACGUGAUCACACAUCUCCAAAUACUGUUAAAUAAAAUCAGUUUUGAAAAGAAGAUCAACUACUGAGAGCGCUCUGUAAAGCUUUUUAUUCUGGAAAAUAUCUAUUUCCUGUCCAAGCAAAAUGUUUGACUGGUUGCUUAGGCCAUGGAAUCUUGGUGAGGGCAUUUCUUUCGGUCGGUGGUACGUAUGAUAUGUUGUUUGUAUGAACAUGGUUAGAUAAGUGUUUCAUAUUUCGCCACGAGCAACAAGAUCUGGUUUUCAGUGUGCUUGUAGAUUAUACUUUCGUAUUGUGAUACAAAUCCCAUAUUCCAUUUCCAUUUUUCUUCGCCUAA